AUGCCAACCAAAAGACAAUUAGAAUCUGAUGUGGAUGAUUUGGAACAAUUGAAACGACUCGCAGACGAAUCAGAGGAUGUACAGCCUAGGAAAAGGCGCUUUCAUGAUGUACAGCCAAUGACGCAAUAUCCUACUCAGAAUGGCGAAUCUCAAGCAAAUAAUCAAGAUAUGCUACAAAGAGCAGGAUUUAUCAAGGAAAUAAAGUUAACGAAUUUUAUGUGCCAUUCAAAUUUCUCUUUAAGAUUGGGGCCCAGACUUAACUUUAUUGUAGGGAAUAAUGGUUCUGGAAAAUCUGCAAUUUUAACUGCAAUAACGAUAGGCCUUGGAGCUAAAGCUACCACCACUAACCGUGGUACUAGUCUCAAGGAUUUAAUCAAACAAGGUUGUAAUACGUCAAAAAUUGUUAUUGUAUUAUGUAAUGAAGGACUCAACUCAUUUGAACCUGGUGUUUACGGCAAAGAAAUUAGAAUCGAACGGACAAUAAGGCGCGAAGGAUAUUCCGGGUCUUUUUCCAUAAGAAGUGAAGCGAACAAAGAAGUUUCAGACAAGAAACGAGAUUUGGAAGUAAUAUUAGACUAUUUUUCUAUUCCAGUCACAAACCCUAUGUGUUUCCUUUCUCAAGACGCUGCCCGUUCAUUUCUAACAGCUUCUUCCCCACAAGAAAAAUAUCUCCAUUUUAUGAGAGGUACUUUACUAGAAGAGACCAAACAAAACCUGGAAUCUGCCGAAAACACAAUGCUUCUCUCAAGAGAUCGGCUCUCGUUAUUAGAAGAGACUAUAAAACUCUUGUACAAAGAUUUCGAACAUGCGCAAACUAUACUCACUGAACUUGCGUCAAAAAAUGAUUGGAUUACACGAAGAAGAUUACUUCAAGGAAAACACAUGUGGAUGGUGUGCCAAACAAAUAAUGAAAAAUUAAAGGCAAUAAAGACGAGAGAAAAUACGUUAUCGGCGAAGAAACAAGAAUACGUAAAUAGAAUUGCAGAUAUGAAAAACAAAGUGGAGAGAUACCUAAUUCAAAAAGAGGAAGCACUAUUAGAUUUGGGCAGAAAACUAACGGAUAGACAAAAUAUUGAAGCAGAGCGCUCUUCAAUAACAAUUGAAAUUGAGAGGUUCAAGUCCAAACACGCCCAGUUGAUACAGCAGAAACAAGUAACUAUGGAAGAUCUAAAAUCUGCUGAAAAGGCACGAUCAAAAACACAACACGAAUUAUCCGAUGUUGAGAAUAGACUUCAGACGCAACUAGGUGAAGAUGAAGCUGAUACUAAAAGAAAGUUAUCUGAUACAAGGAGAAAAAUUAAAGAUAUUGAAUCCCUCCGCCCCGAACUGCUAAGAAAGCAGUCGGAACUUGACGACAAAAUGAAUGCAUUGAUCGUUGAUACGGAGCGCCCUCUAAAGGAAUUUCAAAAAAAUAUUUCAGAGAAGAAACAGGAACUUAGAGAAAUGAACUCUUCGGAAGAUAUACUAGCAUCUGGUUUUGAUCGUAGAAUGCCAGAUGUUCGCAGAAAAAUACACGAACGUCGUACAGAUUUCACUUCACUGCCAAUUGGGCCGAUAGGGUAUCAUAUUAGCGUUAAAACAGAAUAUGAACAUUUUGCAUUUCUUAUUCAAACGCAUAUAAAUCCUACGUUAGAAGCAUUUGUUGUCAAGGAUGUUGGUGAUGCAGUGCUAUUAAAAGAAAUUUUUGAAUCUUGUCAACUAAGAAAAAUCCCAGGUGUUAUAACUCAUGACCUGCAACCGUUUAACUAUAUUAGAGGAAAGGCUACCUCCGGUUUGACGGUUGCAGAUGCUCUUACUUUCGAUAUUCCUGAAUUGGAGUAUCUAUUGGUUGAUGUGAACCGUAUGGAGAAGACAAUACUAGCAAACAGUAAAAAAGAAGCAGACCACAUCUUGCGAGAACGAAACUCGGAAAACGUGAAAUUAGUAUUGGCUUUGAACAAUUCAGAUUCUGGUCUACAUAUGGCGUUGACUGCGGGCUCUAUGAGAUUGAAUAAUUUCCAAUUUGCCAAUAAUUUAAGGUUGAAAGUUGGAACCAACAAUUCUAGCUUCUUGGAGAAGGAAAUUCUACGUCAAGAAGAAGAGCUUAAAGCACGAGAAGAACAUUUCUCCCGAAAAAAAAAGGAAAUUAAGGAAGAAAAGGAUAACAUCACGAGAGAAUCGAGAACAUCGUUACAGCAAUUGAAAACACUCGAAAGGCAUGCAGAGGAACUCGAAGAUAAAUUGAACCGUCAAACUAAUUUUAGUCACAUUGAUGCUUUGAAAGAAUCCCUGGCAGAAGAAAACGAACAAAUCGAACAGCUAAAAGCAAAUCUUUCUUCAAUUGAGCAGAAGAUUGUUGAUCUAGGUUUGCAGCUGCAGCCUGUCAAAGAGAGAUAUGAUGAUGUUACUAGAAGGUACAGAGAUGCUUGUAGUUCUUAUGAAACAGCCCGUCAUUUAGAGCAAUCUAUUUCUCACAAGAUCGAUAAAUCGAGUGCCAGUAUUCUUGAGACACAAAGAAAAAUAUCGGCUAGUAACGAAAAAAUAUAUAUGUGCGAGGCAGAGUUGACCAGUUUACAAUCGAAAUGUGAGCAGCAACGUGAACAAGCUAUGAAAUUUUGUACAGAAGAUGAACUACUUAACAGCGAAUUGCCAAGCUCAGAAGAACACAUUCUCAGAGAGAUUCGGAAGAUAGAUGAAAGUGUGCGUGCAUCAGAAAGGCAAUUAGGAAUGACUCAGGAUGAAAUAGCAAAGCUUUUCGAAAACUCCAAACGCAAAUAUGAAACAGCUAUCGGAAAAUACAAUGAAUUAGAUGCGUCACUUCAAAAAGUGCAUACUGCGUUAACAUUGAGACGAGCAGCUCUUGAUUUAUCAAUCAAAGGCACCCGAAGCGAUGCAGAUAUUGAUUUUAGAAUUUCUAUGAAAACAAGAUCUGGUUAUUCAGGCUCUCUUUCUUUCACAGAUUCAGGUCAAUUGAAUGUAAUGGUGAAAACCACAAACGAUCACCACGCCAGAAAUGUUGAUACUUUAUCUGGUGGUGAGAAAUCUUUUUCUCAGAUUGCAUUAUUAUUAGCAACAUGGCUAACAAUGCGUUCACGAAUCAUUGCUCUUGACGAAUUUGAUGUGUUUAUGGACCAAGUGAACCGUAAAAUUGGAACGAAUUUGAUUAUUCGUAGAUUAGGAAAAGAUGUUAAAUCUGAUACCCAGACAAUUAUAAUAACUCCUCAGGAUAUUGGAAAAAUGGCCAACAUUGACGAUAAAUAUUUUAAUAUUCAUAAAAUGAAAAAUCCUGAAAGACAUAAUAAUGUCAAUAGUCUAUAG